ACUGGUGUGGAAAAGAUGGCUGCUUCGGCGGCAACGGCGAGUUCUUCCCCCGGUUUGUGUCCAAAUUACGCCGUGAUUUGCUCUUUCCUGGAGCGGUACGGAGUAUUGUUGGAUUUACCGGAGCUCACCUUUCCUCAGCUGGAGAGAUAUCUGCAGGACACAUCCUCAGUUCCAAAGCUGCUGGUCGAUCUUCACGUCAAGUUGCUGAGGAAGAUCGGCAAGUCAGUGACAGCAGACAGAUGGGAGAAGUAUCUAGUGAAGGUAUGUCAAGAGUUCAACACAACCUGGGCAUGGGAACUCGAACAAAAAGGAUACAAGGAGCUGCCGACGGAGUGCAAGACGGGGAUACUUAAAUAUUUGUGUGAGUGUCAGUUUGAUGAAAAUGUGAAGUUUAAAACUGCCAUUAAUGAGGAGGACCCAGAUAAGAUGCGGCUGCAGCCGAUCGGCCGGGACAAAGACGGCCAGAUGUAUUGGUUUCAACUGGACCAAGACGACAAUGUGCGUGUUUAUUUGGAGGAACAGGACGACUUAGAUGGGUCUUCGUGGAAGUGCAUCGUCAAAGAUAGAAAUGACCUGGCUGAGGUUGUGGCUCUGCUGAAGACACAAAUUGACCCUGCACUGUUAAAAAAAGAUCAAGAAACCAAACCUGACGGUGAAGAGGGUGAAGUUAAAAAGAUUGAGGACUCAUCGGAUGAAGACAACAAAGACUCCAACAAGGAUGUUGGUCCACUCUCACCAAAGACCGAGAAUAAAGAAAAAGUAACACAGAAAGAAAACAUGAAAUCAGAAACCUCGGAGGCCACAUCAUCACUAAAUGGCACUAUUGAAGGCAAAACUGAAACAGAGCUCAACUCAGAAAAGCCUACGGAUUGCAGCAUCAAUUCAAAAGCCCAGAACAUCAAAGAAGAGCCAAUGGAGGUUUCAAACACUAAAACAAGCACAACAACAAGUGAACCCUCCUCAGAGAUGUCAUGUAUAUCAGUAAAGACAGAAAAAAGAGAGGAGGCCAGGAAGAACAGUGCAGAGGAGAUUCAGCAAGCUCUGAAGAACGACCAACAGGCAAAAAUCCCUUUGAAAAAAAGAGGAAUGAAGUUUAGUGAAGACUUUGAAAAACAUAGUGGCAUCAUAGUACCAAACCCCUCUGUUUCACAGGUCAAAGAAGCUCCUAAAGCUGACUCGGCUCCUGAACAGACCAAGAAAGCGCAUUGUGUAAAUGAUCACGUUAAUGGGGAAGUUCAGCCUUCAUCAGAGAAAGGCUUCCAGAGUAAUUUGUGCAAGUCACCAAAAGAUGCCGCCGUCCACAAAGAGCAGACGGUUGAACCAGUUGCAGAUAAAUCUGUAGAAAAGAGAGAAAAUGACUCUCCAUCAGACAAGGAUGACAUGCAAGAUAAAAAGGAUGAAGCUUGCAGAGCAGAGAAGGUCACAGAGGGAGUUGCAUCAAACCAAGCAAACUCUGGCAAGAAAAACAUAGAUGUGCAGUUAGAAAAGGAAAGCACUGCAUCAAAAGAAAUGAAAGAAGCACACAAGUCUCUGCCGCCUUUACCUAAAGACACAAAUAAUGAACCCGAGAAGUCGUCUAAUCAUGAAGAGCAUGAAAAAAUACGAGGAUCCAUACCAGCAAUUUCAAAAGAGUCUUGUCCAGUAGACAAGACAUUAAAGGAAACCAAUACAACAUUUACGGCUGGUGAGUCAGAGAAAGUUACAUCCAAAGAAGUUGAAUCAAAAGAUUCAGAGGAAAAACCAGCCAGUGUAGACACAUCAGAGUCAAAUCCGACCAAGAAGUCUGAAAAUGUAACAGACAUGAAGCAAGCAGAAAGGGGUGAUGCUAAAGAAACAGAAACAUCUGAGUCUAAAUUGGAUAAACCAGCGGCAAAAGAAAAGCCCGAAGUCAUCAAAACAGCAUAUCCUGCAAAUAAAUCUGCUGACGCUGUAUCACCAUCUGUCAUUAAAAAAACAGAAAUACUAAAAGAUAGUGAUAAUACAGAGACCCAAGAAGCCACACAAACUCCUAAGGUCAUUGAAAAGGCAGACAAACCAGUAAUCAGUGAGAAAAUACAAGGAACAGAGUCGUCUGUUAUUAAAAAGCUGGACAAAUCGUGUAGACCUGUAGAGAAGCACGGUAACGUCAAAGAUGCAGAGAUAAACCCAGAGCAAGCCAGUGUAGCCUCCGAGUCUAACACAGAGAAGACGAAGAAGACAGAUAAGCCUGAAGACAUAAAGAAAACCGUCAACUGUGAAGACGAUACGAUACAUUCUGUUUCCAAGAUAAGCAACUCUACGCCCAGGGCUACGGAGGUAGACGCCGUGGUCAUUAAACCCGAUCUGACAAAGCCACAAGAGGAUGACAAAACUGAGAUUAACUCAGUUGCAUGUAUGAUGACAGAGGAAGCCUCUGAAGGGAAAGAUAAACCAUCCAGCGGUGUUAAAACGACAAAUGUCUUCAAAGAAACCGAUAAAAAACCCGAAAGACCAGACGCAGAGCAGGAAAAGCUGUCUGAAGAACAGCCUAAAAAAUUGGAGUGUCUGUCUCCAGAAAAUAUAAAGGAUGCCCAGAAGGAAAACAAAAAGGACACAGUCAACAAAAAUAAAAAAGACACAGACAGUGAAAAUAAAAAGGACACAGACAACGAAAAUAAAAAGGACACAGACAACGAAAACAAAAAGGACACAGACAACGAAAACAAAAAGGACACAGACAACGAAAACAAAAAGGACACAGACAACGAAAACAAAAAGGACACAGACAACGAAAACAAAAAGGACACAGACAACGAAAAUAAAAAGGACACAGACAACGAAAACAAAAAGGACACAGACAACGAAAAUAAAAAGGACACAGUCAAGGAAAAGAAAAAAGACACAGUCAAGGAAAAGAAAAAAGACACAGUCAAGGAAAAUAAAAAGGACACAGACAAGGAAAAUAAAAAGGACACAGUUGAGGAAAAACUUAAAAAUGACAGUGAGAAACCCCAGUGUCAAGACAAAGAAAAUAAAGAGGAUUCCACAACUGCUACACUUCCAAAAACAGAUGAAUCAAAUGAGGAGAAACAUACUAAUAAAGAGAGUAAAACCUCGACCAAAAUUAAGGAAUCUGGUCACCAAAAGGUGAGCAAAGAACCGGACAGCAAAUCCUCAAGUGAAACAGAGAAAACCUGCCCCCCAAGCAAAGAACUGGAUACCAAAAAGCCCACUGAAGAGGAAAGUAAAAGCAGAAGUGAAGACGAGGACUCUGCAACAAAAAAGGGGGUGGCUAAUGGGGAGGAAGCCCCGUCCGAGCUUUACCGUCGGAAAAUCAAGCCCCGAGCCCACCGAAGGAAAGCUGAACUUCAGAGAGAGGAGAGACAAGCGGACUCUGAGUCCGAUACGAACACCGGGAGAUCUCUUCGGAGAUCACCCAGAAUCUCCAGACCAACACCGAAGGUUGUAGAGAUCCACGACAGGAAGCUGGAGAAAUCUCAGGCUGCUACACCGGCUGAGAAGUGUGAGGACAACGAGGGUGAGAACAAAAAAGAUGAGGAGGGCGAGGAAGAGGAGGAGGAGGAGGAGGAGGUGAAGGCUGUUCAAAAGAAACCAAGAGAGAAAAAGGCUGAUCAGGAGGGUCAGCCCAAACCAAAGGGGAGAAAGAGACGGAAGGUCCGGUGGUCCAACACACGAACACGGCGUAAAAAGAAAGGCUCCGAAGACGACAACGACAGCGAUGAGGAGUCCAGUGAGGAGGAUGAGGAGGAGAGUGAGGACGACAGCGACGAAGACUACAAGGUUGAGCGAGGUAGAAAGAGGCGCAAUCGUAACCGAGAAAGACGAAGCUCGGACUCCUCGACCUCCUCAGACGACGACCUACCUCCUAAUGACGACCCCUGCAAACAUUGCGGUCUUCCAAAUCACCCUGAGCUGAUCUUGCUGUGCGAUUCGUGUGACAGCGGGUACCACACAGCCUGUCUGAGGCCGCCCCUCAUGAUCAUCCCCGACGGAGAAUGGUUCUGCCCACCCUGUCAACAUAAGCUGCUCUGUGACAAAUUAGAUGAGCAGCUCCAAAACCUCGACGCUGCUUUGAAAAAGAAGGAACGGGCUGAGAGAAGGAAAGAGCGUCUCAUUUAUGUUGGAAUCAGUCUUGAAAACAUCAUCACGCCCUCAGUGGAGGAGGAAGAAAAGCCAGAGAUCAUCAUCAAAGAGAAGAAAGAAACAAAGCGCAGUAAGAGCUGGGGCCGAAGGUCUACGAGGACAAAGAAAUCCAUCAGCUACAGAUUUGAUGAAUUUGAUGAGGCGAUCGAGGAGGCAAUUGAGGAAGACCUCAAAGAAGCAGAAGGCGGAGGAGCUGGUCGGGGCAAAGACAUGGCCAACAUCACAGGGCACAGAGGGAAGGAUAUGUCCGUCAUCCUUCAAGCGGAUGAGGGCAAAGAGAACGGCCGCCCACCACGACCCUCCGCCGGUCAGCGCAGGAAAAAACGCAGGCGACUGAAUGACCUGGACAGCGACAGCACCGUGGACGAGGAGGAAAGUGAGGACGAGUUUCGCAUCAGUGAAAGCUCAGAGGAAGAGUUUGUCGUGUCAGAAAAUGACACGGACGGUGAGUUUGAGGUGGACUACAAUGACAGUGACUUUGGCAGCAACAGCAGCAGGCAUCGUACUUCUUCGCGGCCCAGAAAAGCACCCAAACAACGACGAAGCUCCAGAAAACGGCGGAGACCGCGAGGAUACUCGGAUGACGAAGAGGAGGAGACAGAUGAGGAAGAUGAAGAUGAAAUAGUGACUGAAGGCUCCAGCGAGUACAGCGACAGUGAUCUGGAUGUAAGUCGACGGCGGUCUCGGCGGAGUUUGAAGAAGCAGGUGAACUACUGCGAGACGUCCGAGUCCGAAGGCUCUCAGGCAGAAACCAACCGGGCCAAAAUGAAACCCAGACACCGCCAGGAUAGCUCCGACAGUGAGGCGAGUUACUCCAGAGACUCUGAGGAGUCGAGGGAUCGGAGGGUGAAGAGGAAAGCUGACUCCUCAGAGGAAGAUUCCCGGCAGCGGCGCAGACGUCUUGCACUAAAACGCAGGAGAGCUUCUGAGGACGACGACUCGGACGACGACUCGGACGAAUCAUCGGAGGAGGAUCGUCCUGUCCGUAAACGCGUGAACCGCAUAGACUCGGAUGAUGACGACGAGGAGGAGGAACAGGAGAAGAAAGCAGAUGAAAAAGAAGACGAGGAGUCAAAGGGAACAACCCCAGUGGACUGCAAUGCCGUGGAGCUGCCACCCACUAACAGACAGAGCCCGAUUAAGACCCUUGAGGGCCUCGUUGGCAAGCCUGCUGCCGCCACUCCAGGCAUCACCCCACACCUGGAGCCACCCAAAAACAUCAGCGCUACACCAGCCGCUGCCAUAGCACCAAACGGUCUGGUUGGCCAGGAGAUGGCGGCGCAGGAGGAAGACGAAGACGACCUGUUAGGUGUCACAGACCUAGUGGACUACGUCUGCAAUAACGAAGAUUUGUAAAAAAACAAAUAGUGUAUUGUUUCAUUUUUUGUGGUAUUGUAUUUUUAUAUUGCUUAACUUUAUUAUUCCCUCCCCCACGAACAUUUCCUUGUCGUCCUUUUUAUUUGUGUCAUCUGGACCUUGAGUCUCCGCAAUCUCUGCUACAGUAAGAACUGGAUCCCUGUCACCAGUCUGAUGCUGUCCCUGUGGGUUUGUACUACAAAUAAGGGCACCAAAUGAUCAACUCUCAUUUGUUUGGUGAUAAUCCGUUUACCCACAUCCUCCAGCUCCACUGCCAAACCACCUCAUUCCUUUGAAAACAAGUUACCCAUUCCUCCCCUCACAUCAUCCUGUUUUUAUUUUUGUUACAUCCAAGAUUUCUACAACUUUUAACUCCUGUACUUCUCUACAUUGAUGGAAAAUUGGCACUGAAAAUUGUUCAAUGUGUAGGAAAUAGUUUAAGACUGCCUAUUUAAAUGGUUAACAACUGGGACUUUUAAGAUUUUUAAAGAUGAAACUAAAUCAUUCCAUAAUUAAUUUGAAGUUCUGUUCACUUAAAUAGCUGGAUCAGGUAUCGUUGACAAUGGAGUCAAUUCAACUCUGUUUAAAUACUAUAUACAUUAUAUCCUGAUCAUUAAAUUAGAAAAAUAAAAACAAAAUCAUCCAAAAAAAACAAUAACCAGCGAUGUACUCAGCCAGUCGCCAGUAGAUGCUAUUUUUGUCCAGUCGCCCCAACCUAGCAUCUAUUGUAACUCUCCGUCUUAAUUAGCCCAAAUAUCAAACUUUUGCUUCAAACUAUUCUGGUUCAUGAUUUGUAAAAGCGUUAGAUGAGACUAUUUAUUCUUGUCAAAUAACCUUCCUGACUAAUAUUGAGUUGACCAACCUUUAUUUGUCAGCCCACCCCUUUAACUUUUUGUUGAAUUAUAAAGUAGCUUUUGUAUAUUAAAUACAUAUAUAAUUAUUUUAACUAUGUGCGCUGCCAUCAGUAUCAGUGGUGAAUCCCCUGUUCUUUUUAGUACGUUUGUUUGGGGAAACAAAAUCUGAAGUAACAUUUUUAUCCCUCCUAAUCUUGAGCUGUAGUCUAGUUUCCUGUUAUUACAUUUACGUUCCCUUAUGUGAUUUUUGUUUUUUAAUAAUGUAUUUUUUGUAUAUCUAAACUUUUAUUUGCUGUUGUCUCUUUGAGCAAAAUGUAAAGUGUCUUAUUUUCUUUGUACAUUGUCCUUCAUAGAAUGUUCAAACACCUGCAGACCCGUGGCUUUUUAUUAACAAAAUAACACUAAGCUUCAAAAAAGCCCCCCUUUUUCAUUUUAUUUUGUAUUUUACUCCCCUUGAUUUUUCUGUGUUUUACUCAGAUUCUCUAUUCAUAAUCUUGAGUUGACGUUCGAGUCCGGUUGCAGUAAACCUCGGACUUUUAAGAACUCAGACCAUUUCAAGAUAAUUAAAAAUAAGCAACUUAGUGGAAUAAUUUGUUUUUGAAGCGAUAGUCAGGAUGCAGUUUUUGAAUGGAGCAAAUGGACAGAAAAAAAAACACAAACCAAUGACUUCACUGACCUCUGCUGGAACCAGUCUGUGUGUAUAUCUGUAGUUAAUUGUUGUAAUAUAUUUAGAGGCAUUUUUUUAAUCAUGGGAAAAUAUAUUGGGCAAUUUUUUGGGAAUGCAUGAAUUUCUAAUAGUUUUCUUUUGUAGGAAAGUAAUAUUGGCACAACAGUUUUUGUAACAAAACCAGAAAACUUUGGCAUGUUUUAAGAAUCUCCUGACCUGUUGUAAAGUAGAUGCUGCAGGAUAUCUCAUUAUUUUGCAGUGGAACUGCAUAGGUAAGCAUGCACUGACCUACUAAAGUCAUGUUACAGAAGCUAGGGGGGAGAGAGAGGAUAACUAUAGAAAAUAUUGUAGGAAAGCUAAAUCUGAUUUGACAGAGGACGUGAAGCCUGUUUGUAAAAUAUUUUGUAAAUUAAUCUCAGCAUGGUCUUCACAGAGGAAAAACCACUCUAUUUAUCAUACCGUUUUGAUACCAGCGAUGGCCAAAUCAUGACUUCCAAUACAAAACCUAUAUCUGCUGCUUGCAGUGCACACAACUUGGGCCUCUAUACACACAUAUUUAGCUUUUAGGUUAGCUGGACAAAAUAUAGAAAACCCAAUUCUACAAAUGUAAUAGAAGUGUGUGUUCUGGUGGGUUGAGUCAGACUAAAGGAAUAUGGAUCUCUGUGUGCUGUAUGUAACUCUGUUUAAAAUUCUCCACAGAGAUAAGGAGAAUGUAUUAAUAUGUAUCUCAUGGUUAUGAAAUACACUGUAGCAAGACCUGCAUAGAAGAGAAAGGAGCGAAAUAAAUAAAGGUUGCGAUGUGAUUAAAGGAGGAAGUUGGUGCCAAUGACUGAAGUGUUAACAGAGUUUUCCUAUUUACCUCAUGAUGAAUCUGGGAGGAAAGACACCUUGUCCACUUUGUAUAGAUGCUAGUAGACUGGUUGUUGGUGUUUUGUCUGCUCCUUACAUUUUUGUUAACUUUACUGUUAUUUCAUAUGAAUCUGAUCUUGUACAUUUGUCAUAAUAAAAUGGGUUUCAAGCCUCA